AUGGAUUCUGAUUCGAAUGGCUCAUCGCUGGGGCAAUCCAGUGAUUCCUCGACCUCCUCCAGCUCCCCUUCCCUCACACCUCUUACAUUUACAAAUAUUAUGGGGCAGGUAAUCGAGUUACAAUCAACGGAUUUCUGGGAUCUUUGUUUGCCUUUAAUUAGGACGGAUGACCUUUAAUUAGAAUUGGAGGGAAUUACCGUAAUAUCUGAGGGGACAAACUUUAUUCGAGCAUCGUAUUUUUCUUAAUUAUUUCAUUUUUCAGGGCCGUGUCAAUCAAUUGGGCGGUGUUUUCAUAAAUGGUCGCCCCUUACCCCACCAUGUUCGACUUCAGAUUGUUGAAUUAGCAGCCAAAGGCGUGAAGUAAGCUUGGCAAUCCCUCCACUACUAGUCUCUUCGUAAAGUCGUGGAGUGAUUUCCACGACAUGCACUGUGCAAGAACAAAAAUUCACUUUGCACUGUGAAAUUUUGGUUCGCCGUCGCUCGCACCAUGACUUUUUCCGCACAGUGCAAACGUCAAAAAUCACUCUAGCGACUUUACGAGCGGACUAGUACUACGUUUUUUCAGGCCGUGCCACAUCAGUCGACAGCUCCGGGUAUCCCAUGGUUGCGUUUCCAAAAUUUUAUAUCGAUAUGCAGAGACAGGAACAGUAGUCCCAGGCCAAGUAAACUCAGCCAGUGAGGCCAAAAAGAUCUCAGAAAACAUAGAAAAGCAUAUUAUUGGGGUCCACAGGAGUCGCCCGGACCUUUCUGCUUCUAAAAUACGAAGUUCAUUACUCACUCAGGGAAUUUGUAACCGAAAUGACCUGCCCUCGACUCAGAUUGUCGCAAAGAUUAUCAAGGAUGAAGGAAGUCGCAGCUCCUCUCUCAAACACAGUAUCUGUAACAUCCUCUCCGAACAAGGUGAGUGUCAUCGGACAUCUAAUUAAACCCUAACUAGUAUAACAUUGUCCGUCUUUUAAUUGGCAUCCAAGUUUUGUCGCUGAAACGAUUUGCGUUCCUAAAAGCCAUUAAAAGUACAGUAAACACAAUUAGGGGUUGUCGCUAAUCGCGAUUUAACGGUGGGAUCGUCACUUUGAAGACUUAAUUGUCCUUUCCAGAGCACCAGAAAAGUCCACCAACCCAUCGACGAAGCCGGACCUGGUUUGCACCGGAGCAGUUGGAACGCCUGGAACGGGCCUUUCAAAACAAUUCCUAUCCAGAUGCCGGGGAAAGAGAGCGCCUUUCAGCAGAGACAGGCCUCUCCGAAAACAAGAUCCAGGUCUGGUUUUCCAAUCGAAGGGCCAGAUUCAGAAAGUCCUUGGGAACGGGGAAUCUGGAGCAAUGGAGUGCCGUCCUCCGGGACUCCGCAAUGGCUUUAGAGUCCCCGGAGCCUGUGGAUAACGCCAUGAUUGCCUCCCAAUUCCUCCUCCAACUAUGUCAGAAUUCCAUCGGCCAAAAAAUUGCGUAA